UACACAAUAAUUUUUGGUGAAUUCCCAAACAAGCACCUUACAUGAAAAGAGUUAAACAUGUAUAUUUUCACGAUUUUUGUUGAUUUCAUUUCUCCUUCUAGUCAAUUUAUUCCAGUACUGAAAUGAAAAAUGAAAAAAAAAAAAAACACUAAUUCUCCCUAUUGUAGUUACGUUAAUCUGUUGUAAUAGUGUUGCCUUGAUGUAUCCCCAAAAUUGUUUUCGUUCAAAUUAAAUACUGUAAAAGAAUUAGGCCCAUCUUUUCGUAACCUUAUGUGACUUUCAACACACCAAAUCGAUCGCAUUCUAUCGAUUCGAAAGAUUAUAAUUAUUAAUGUUAAGUAGUUGUGGCCUGUGGGUGACUUUAUUAUGAGUUAGAUAACUAGCUAGGCCUUCCUACUAUUGUAUCUAUAAUUUCAAUAUAAUUGUAGGGACGUACAAAGAGUACUUCAUUAUGAUUUAUGAACAUAUUAUAUCUUGUUUAUUGUUGAUUUUUUACUACAGUAUUAAUUCGUUAUAGAACAACAAUCCCCAUCCAAAACGAAAAUUUCGAUUUUUUUUCUUACAAACACAACAGAUGAAAAAUGAUACGUGAAUCAACUGGACCAUUCCAGCUGGAGAUCAAUCAUCUUUAGUUUGUAUUUCUCUUUCUCUCUAUAUUUUUCUAACUAGUUAAAGAGCCACAUUUCAUGUUUUUUUUAUCUUUAACUUUUAGACAAAAAAAUUUUUUGUUGUUGUUGUAAUUGAAGGACUACAACUUCGACGUGGAUUAUCCUAACUGUCCGGUGCAAUUAUUGGCGUUCGAUUGAAUUCAUCAUUGCCCAUGUCAGGAACGAUUCAUGCACGAAAAGUCUAGCUAAGAGCUCCAUCUUUUCUGCACAUUCCGUCCAUGGAUCUCCUGUUUAAAUGGAAAACUUUCUUUUGAACUUCUUUUUUCUAGGAUAAAAAAAAAAAACAGAUAGAGAAACAAUAGUGCCCACAGCUGUAAGGGUAGAUGGCGUGUUUUUCUCUCAACCGUCUACGUUAAUGUUAAGUUUUGGGUUGGCGGGUCUCCGUACCGAUUUCCCGGCAGUCUUUACAGCAAUUUCGCUGGUUGGUAGGGACGCCGGCGGCUCCUCAAAAUCAGUACAGUAUUGCUGCUUUUCUUACCAUGUCGACCGGUUCUAGAUUAAUUAUCAACUUGAAGAUUUGUCUCGAGUUAUUAAUAAAAUUAAAUUAUCCUACCUACUAACUUUUCUUGAUCAUUACCUUUCAGAUCUUUUAUCCACUCAUUAGUAUCACAAGACACAAAAGUAUCAUGUCCGCAAAUAUCCAAUGUGAAAAGUGUCUAUUAGUUCAGUAAUAUUUGUGACUGAACAAAAUAGUUUAAUAGCUGUUUAAUUAGUCUGCAAUUAAUCUAGAUCUCGAUGUCGAUCAAUCAAUAAGGGUCUAAUAAUCGAAUUGGAAAAUCGAAAAACUCAUACACGUUAAAUCUUUUCUUUUUUUUACCAAUUUUGUGGAAAAUAUUAGGUACGAAUACGAAAUAAAAACGCCAAAACAUGUAUCAUUGUCAUGUCGUCAUGAUUGAAGAUUAGAUUAGAUUAGAUACCCCAAGUCUAGCUAAGUUUGGUGUGGUAUUAGCUCUAACAGUCAAUGUGGGCACAUCCUAUAUGUCCAUACAUGUGUGUUGGGGGACAUAUAGUGAGUGGCCCAAGCAAGGAACUAGGAAGCAGGCUUGGGCCCGGAGUGUGGGCCUGGGCCGAGAAAAGGGCUAAAGGCCAUGGCCCAAGUGGCGGAACCGGGCCCGAAACAGGGCGCUGGACGACAAAAGAGAAGUAACGGCCAGGGACGUACGGAGGGGACAGGAGGUGGGGCCAUGCGCCUUCGGGGCCAAGAUGGUUGUCAGAUGGCAGGGCGCCUGAGGAAAGGAGGGUACAGUGCAUUUAAUGAGGUGAUGACGUGGGGCGGAUUUGGGGGGCACUGGUCGGCCCUACCCCGAGUAUAAAUAGUGAAGUGGGUGGAGCUCAUUUACUCAGGUUCCAACUUCUCUCUAAACUUACAUCUCACUUCUCUCACUAGAAAGUUCGUUCUAACUUGGGCGUCGGAGUGCUAACGACCCCAACCAAGGGGUUCGCUGGGCGCCGUGGUGUGCAGGUUACGGACCGCAGGGAAGACGCAGAGGGGUCUAAAGAGGUGUGGGAACCAUCUGGGGCGUGGAGGGUACGUGGCACAAACAAUGUGUAACAUUUCCCCAUUAUUAUAAUAAAUAACCAUGCAGCUUGCAUUAAUAUACAGACUUUAGUGUUGUUCCAAUCAUCCUCUUCUCUUGGUUUCAAAAAAAAAAAAAAAAGAACAAUCAUUUUCUCUCAUAUGUAAUAAAUAAAAUCAAUAGGUACUAACGUAAGUACGUGAAAACGAAAUAUUGGGGCAUUAGUAUUUCAAUGUAUUUGAAAUAGCCUAGUGGGAAAACGGACACCGUUGUCAUAUUAUUAAGAAACGAGAAUGCAACACUUUUUAUAUAUAGGUGGCUUCUUCGAUAGAUUCACUACUAUACAUUGCACUCAAAUAGUUUUAAGUUAUUAAAUUUUAGUUGGUAAAAUCCGUCUGAUAUGAUCAUAUAACAUAGAAUUACGUCAAUCAAUCUAUUAUGCUAACCUAUAUCUUCAAUUUUGAGCACUAACCUAAACCCUUAAAUUUCUAAACUAUAGAAGGGUCGUUUGAAUGGAUGAAUAAAUCAUUACUUGUUCAUGUGAUAUGUCAGUGUUGUUUCAGUGGUAAUUGGAUUAAAGUAUCUCGUUUGCUAGAACCAUGCAAAUGUGGUAUUUGGAAAAAACAGAGUGGUAAAAUGAGUUAUGUCGAAAUAACACGGGGUUAGGAGUUAUUUCAAAUAACUCACUUCCCAAAUAACUCAUUUCAGUAAAAUGCUAUCAAACGAGUUAUUCGUGUCCAAAUAACUCAUUGUGGGUUAUUUGAACCCAAAUAACUCACUCAAAUGCUUCAUCCAAACGAACCCAAAACUUUCAAAUCAAGGUAAUUUUGAAUGACUUUUCUGCAUAUUCAUAUAUUUUCUUAUUCAUCAUAUCACAAGUGAUGAUUGACAUCAAUUUGGUCUAUCGGAUAUUGGACUCCAAACGGUAGGCGGUUUUCGCAGUACAUAAUGGUUGAACAAGUUUUAUUAGAAAGCCUAUGUUUGUCCGGCUUUUAGAAGUUCAUUUAUGUUUAAAAAAAAAAGCAGGGUCAAACACCUCUAAAAGUUUGGUUUUGGAAAAGGUGAAAAGUGUUUUUGUAUAACAUAAAAGCAGAAGCUCUGAUUUGGAGCUUAUGCGAUAAACCUAUUUUGAAAAUACAAGAUUAUCCCUAUCAUAUUUUAAAUUUAUUUAAGAAAAUAUAAUUGUAUUUCAUAUAUAUCAUUUUAAAAAUAAAAUAAUUUAUAAAAUAAUAUUAAUCAACAUAAAAUAGAUCUAAUAAGAUCCAUUUUUGACUCAUUUUUAUUUAUAUUUUAUAUUAUAAAUCCUUUUUAGUAAUUUUACAUGAUCUUUUAUAUUAAAAAAUACUUCUAAUCGUUUUCAGCCCAACGAUGCUUUUUUUCAAAAUUACUUUUCUAAAAACUCAAACCAAAAACACAUUUGGCAAAAGUUAUAGUGGGACCAAACUAGCCCAAAAUACUCUACCACUAACAUUUCUGGUAUAGAUUCCGGUACGAUUUCAUACACAUUGGUUUAAACCUCCUGCUCCAGUCACUCUCCUCACAAUUGAACCAAUACUGGUUUGCACGGUAGUGUUGUAAAAUCUAACCAGUUGUUCGAUCGAAUGAUUGAAUGACAAUUGAACCAAUAUUAAUAGGCGGUUUUUAACCAUAUGAAAUGAUUAAAUGACAAUUAAAUUA